AUGGCCCCCCUUUACCCAAUUCCCCUGGCCCAAUCUGCUCCAUAUGCAAAUCACUCCGAUCAAUCCUCUCCUCCUCCUCCUCCUCCUCCUCCACAGCCUUCUCAGCCCUCAGAUGAGCCAGGCGCAGAAGCAGAGACCAAAGUCGCCAUUCAUGCGACGAAAAAGCCCCGACCCAAGUCCGGCCUCAUGUCCCGCUACCUAGCACCACCGUCCUUUGCCCGACGAGGCGUGCAGAUGCAAAAAGCUGACAAGAGAAAAGGCGCUCUGUUCCCCACUGGUAUCAUCACCCGAACAGAUGAAUUCGAGGUUGAGAUUUCCAAGCCGCGAGAACUCACGCAGAGCACCUUGUCUUCUCCAUACCAUAUCGUAGCACCAGGGCCAACAGAAGCCAAAGAAGAUAGAUCGGGCGACUCUUCCAGCUCAGCACAAGGAGCUGCGGCUGCAGCAAAAGUAAGUGGUGAUGGUGGGAUUGCCUUGCCGGGGAAACCACGCGCGCGCAUGUCGCCAGCCACAUCGCCAACGUCGCCAUGUGUAUUCCCCAGCCGCAAGAUGCGUGGUGAAGUCAAAGAACAGUCGCCGGAUCACACGUUCAACCUGCGCAGUCCCACGCUGGCAUCUCUGUCGGCGGCGGGUCUUUCGCCCUCGACUUCGGCAUUCCACUCCAUGUCUCGCAAGACGCCGGGACCUACCCGCGCUUCCAAACCACAUGCGUUGCGUUGGCGUGGCGGUACCAAGCACGAUUCGGGCACCCAGGACGCGCCGGAAUGGUACAGAGCGUAUCAGGAUUUGAAGAGGGAGGAGGAAAAGGAGGUGCAGAAGGAAGACAAGAGGGAGAGGGAGAGACGCAAGAAGGAGGAAAAGGAAGCGGAGAAGGCGGCGAGGCGGGACAAGGAGAAGAAGGCUCGAGAGCAAUUGGGGAGAGAAGGCAUGUUCGUAGAUGCGUUUUUGUUGGGGUGA